AUGGUGUCAUGUGCUGAAAGUAUUGGUGUGCCCCGUGGAUCUCGGAUGUUCAUGUAUGCAGUACGUGCUGUUGCGUUCCAAAGUGAGGAGAAGAUUGCCGCCAAAGUAGACUACUUGAAGACCACCUUAAGGUGGUCGGAUGAUGAGGUGGGCAUUGCUUUGACCAAGUCCCCAGGGCUGCUGAGGCAUUCUAAUGAAAGGCUGCGCCGCACCUCAGAGUUCCUCAUCUUCGAGGUGGGCUUGGAACCGGCAUACAUUGCCCAUCGCCCGGCAUUGCUCACCUAUAGCCUGGAGGGCCGGCUCAGAGCCCGGUACUACCUUGUAAAGUUUCUUAAGGCAAAUGGAUUCCUAGAGCGUGACGUUAGCUACUUCAGUAUAGUGCAGAAGAGCGAGAAGGUAUUCAUGGAGAAGUUCAUAUGCCCUCACAAGGAAGCUGCACCACACCUCGCUGAUGACUAUGUCAAUGCUUGCAGAGGGCAAGUGCCCACUAGACUCAGAUUUGCAUGA